GAUGGCGACGACUGGGGUUGGUUUUCGAUGGUUAGACUUAUUGGAAAAAGAAUUUGAUAAAGCAUGUGUCGGGUUGGAUACUUCGCUAACUGAUCUCGAAACUGAAGAACCAGAGACAGUGUUUGCCGCUCGUCAAAAGAUUGCAACACUUAGUUCCUGUUUUUCCCAAUUAACUCACAAGGCAUUGACUAUUUUUCAACAUAGUGCAAAACUUGAGGCGGAGUUGGUAGAUAUGAGGACCGAGUUGAUACAGGCCCGAGCAGCAUCAGCCGGUGGUUGUCAGGACAGUGGGGACGCGGCGGGAAACGUGCCGGAGGCGAGUCGCGCGCGGGCCGAAGCGGCGCAGCUGGCCCGUGAGAACGCCGCGCUCAGAGACACCGUGCUGGCGCUGCAUUCCGAACUGUUUGGUGCGAGGCUGGCUACAAAAUAUUUAGAUAAAGAAUUAGCGGGUAGAAUACAACAGUUGCAGUUGCUUGGUAGCGACAUGCGGUCGGAACUGCGAGACUCGCUCUGGGCGCAGGUGGAAGCGGAGAUACUGCUUCAGCGCCAUAAGACUCUGGUACGCGUGUGUCGGGGCACCUCACCGCGGCCUGCUCGGCCCCAUAGUCCACAACGUUCGCGGCCGCGUACUGUACGGGUCCGCCGAUCCCCUAGCCUGGGGCUAGGCAUCUCAGUUACUGGAGGUCGUGAGCAUGGUGUUCCUAUUUUAAUAUCGGAGCUUGAGGAUGGUGGACCGGCUGCGCUCACAGGAGAGCUAUACGUCGGAGAUGCCAUUCUCGCCAUAGAUGAUCUGGAUCUCACGCAGGCGUGCCACAAAGAGGCAGUGCAGGCCUUGCAGAGCGUGAAGGGAGAUUGUGCCCUGUGUGUGCAGUACAUCGCGACCGACGAUGACGACAGGCUAUCCGAUGAUAACUACAGAUUUCCACUGUACCCGGAUGACGCGGACCUCUGCGAGGAACGGGACGGCUCUGGGGUCACGCCCACCGCGCCGCGGACUCCGGACUUGUAUAACAACAGGUGUGAGUCCGAUGAUCGUUCGUGCAGCGACGCCGAGGGGAACUAUCCGAAGUACUGCGAGCGUGGCUCCCCGCUACAACAACAACACGUGCCGUACUCUCCGUACAACAACAUCGACAACAAUCUCAACAUACUCGAUAUGGACGAUGACUCCAUCAAAAUCGAAGCGAGGCUUGAGAUGGUGAAGUUGGAUGACGAGCCGGUGGACGCGAAGGUGAGCCACCUGUCACCUUACGCAUCCCCUCUGAUGGCGCGUCUGUCACCUCGUCUCACGCCCUGCUCCACGCCGGUCCAUCUAGCGGCCUCGCUCAGAAAGAAACGGAAAGCACAGGACUGGCGUACGAAAGGCGCGUACAGCGCGAUUUCGGACACUCAGUCUUCGGAUGACGUCACUAGUGGCGGCGCCGUGUACGGGGCCGACAAGCUGGCUCGCACGCGGGACUGGCGAGUGAGGGGCGCGUACGCAGCCGUCGGAGACAUGCAGUCAGAGGACGGGCAUGAAGUAGCACCAUCGACCAUCGUGCACACAGAUGAACAGUCCAAUAACGCUUCACCGGAUGUGAUAGUGCUGCCAUCGCAAGUGAAAUCAGCGCCGUCGUUACUGCCGAGCGCACAAAUCGGCAACGUCGCAGCUACGUCGUUGAACGCUACGAAGCCCACGUCGACGGCAGCUGUCGUUUCGUCGACACAAGCUGUUCCAUCGGUCGCGACUGUGGCAUCAACAGUGAUAAAGUCAACGUCGAGUACGCCCCAAGUGUUGACGAGUUCAGUGACAAGAGAUAGAAAUAUGAAAAUGAAUGGCGAUAGUAAAGCAAGAAAGGAAAUGAGAAAUUUUAGGAUAGGAUCUGCACGUCGCGUGGAAGCGUGCGGCCUCGUCAACGGCGACGGUGACCCCGACUUUGGUACUCCCGUCUGAAGUGUCACACUGUAAGGGUGUUACCUGACAACCGGCGCCGACUGAUCGGAAGCGAUAAGCGUGCCUUCCACUUAGCAGCAGCUUGUACAGUGCUACGCGUCUCACUAAUAAUCUAUGAACUAAACUGUGAUUUCAGUGUUAUAAUUUAAGGUCAUACAUUCAAAAUAGAGUAAACCGCUAUAGGCGUGGCUUAACCGCUUGACAAUCCCUUAUAUCCCAUUCAGGUAAAAGAGAUAGCAAUUGCGUAAAAGCAUCGAGCAGCAUCUAUGCAAGCGACUUAUAUAUAUUUUUUAAUAUGUGAUAAUUUCAGUAGAAUAUAAUACAAGUGUCUCAAAGAGUAUUGGUAUUGGUAAAGAGUGGUAAUAGUACUCUAUGAUACAUUCUAUAAUGAGUAAGAAAAAAAAUAACAUUUUCUAAGGUAGACUAUGAACUAUAAAAGCUCUAUUUCAAGCAUUUCAAGUAAUAUUCCUGUGGCAUAUAUGAUCUCAAUCGUUUAAAAUUACUAAAUUUGGUUGUAAAAUUCUGAUUGGUGAACUGAAGACUUUUUAGACUAAGUAUUUUCUAUGUUUUUCACGAAGAUUUGUGAGGUUCUUCAUCUUAAUUUAAAUUUGUAGAUUUUUUUUUAAAGAUUACAACAACAUGGAUUCUAAACGAUUUUUAAAUUAAUUAUUUCGAUAAAUUUAUAUUAUUUAUUUAUUAAAAAUAUAUCGAUAUAUCAGUUAUUAAAGUAUUAUUUUACAAACGAAUCAAUCAUUAAAGUUCUACAGGAAUC